ACGGUCGAGUGGGUGCUUGAUAAUUGAACAAACAAAUCUUAAGACUGACCAUUGAGUGUUAAUUAUAGGCUAGCAUUGUAAAUAAACCAUUUCUUUUAAUGAACAAGUUAGACUUUGGUUUCUACAACAAACAACCUCUUGACCAUUGUGUAUUCCCGCUACAUGAAUGAUAUACAUUUUAUACCUGUAUGCCUAAUACCAAACUGGACAACCGGUCACAUCAAGCCUCACUAGUAACAAGCGUGACCGACGUUCAAAGCGUCACAUCCGCGGAACUGUGCCGAUUGAUCCCAUGCGUGGAAAAAAAAAUUAAUAAAUAUGAAAAACCAGCAAAAGAUUAUAUCAACCGGAUUAGGGGGUCUUAUUCUCGGCAUCACACUCCUGUAUUUUCUUGUGACUGGGGCUCAUGAGAGUGGUUUUGGUAUCUGCAUUUUACUAGGGACGGUGCUGAUAGGGGUAGGUCUGAUCUUUCUCCACAUUGGAAGUUUCACCUGCUGCCCGUUUACCCCAGUCCCCCUCCUGGUUGUCAAGUACAUCGUGAACUGGAUUGGUGUGAUUAAAACACGAAAAUACCUGAGCUCAUUCGAGCUAAGCACCCAAGACUGUAGCAAAUUUCAAGGGGAGUUUCUACUCGAGAAGAUCCGAAGCUGCAAAGACACUGUCUAUGGCCAAGACCUCAACUUCAAAGGUAUUUCUAGUGUUGAAGACUUCAUCACCAGACACCCUCUGACAUCGUACGAGCAUUACCGCGAAUACAUCAAGCGAGUGGCAAAUGGCGAAGUCGGGGUGAUGUCCAAUGAUACUCCCGCCAUCUUAGGCAUGACGUCGGGAACGACUGGUGAUGCAAAACUAUUUCCGGUCAGUCAGGCAAACCUUUCGGACUUGAUCGGAAGUGCCGCUGCAGUAAGUACGGUCUUGCAGAGUAGAGCAGGUAUUGAAAUGUCGGGGCCCCUCCAAGUUACUUGCUGCCUGCUGACUGGUGUGCCGAAUAGUAAGUCCGCAAGUGGUAUCCCGAAGGGACCGGUAACCUCUUUCAUGGUGCCGGAAAACAUCAAAGGGAUUAUUUUCUCAACUCCUCUAGUCGGUUACCAGAUCAUGGACGAGCCAACAUCGAUGUAUGUACAUGCCCUCUUUGCAUUACGCGAUAAAAACCUGUCAUCCAUUUGGGCACCAUUUGCGUCAUCUUUAUACAUAUUCCUUCGAGUUAUAGAAUCUACCUGGAAGACAUUGGUCCAGGAUAUCCGCCGUGGUUCAAUCUCGAAUAGCCACCCGUCUCUUUGCGACAAAGAUCGUGGAGACAUCGACGCCCGAUUGUUCCCGAUGCCAGAAAGAGCCGAUGAGUUGGAGAGGCAGUUCGUGAUCGGGUUUGAGAACAUCGUGUCUAGGAUCUGGCGGAAGUUGACUGCUCUGGGCGGGGCUACAUCAGGGUCUAUGCAAAGUUACGUGAAGCAUCUCAAGAGAUACACAGGAGAUUUGCGUAUCUUGUCCCGCUACUACACCUCAACCGAAGGGCUGAUUGGUUACGCAAUAGGUUUCCCGGAAGAUGGCCAAACAGAAUACGUGUGCAUACCAAACGGACUCUUCUAUGAAUUUAUUCCUGUUGCCCAAUGUGACGCUAUGAAUCCUUAUACAGUGUUGAUGGGAGAUGUCAAAGAAGGGGAAUAUUAUGAGGUGGUGAUCACGAACAAAGAUGGUCUAUAUCGCUAUAGAAUGGGGGAUGUCAUCCUUAUCACCGGAUUCUACAACAAAACCCCUGUCUUUCAGUUUCAAUACAGACGAGGAGAACUUCUGAAUCUUUGCUCGGAGAAAACAUCGGAGGUAAUGAUAACGACUGCCCUCAACGACACAGCGAAGAAAUGGGGGAUUGAUAUGGCACAAUAUGCCUGUGCUGAAAGCCCUGUCUUUGAGGAGGCAACAGGAGGUAGCACAUUUUCAAAUUCUCUGUAUUACGUCAUUUUCAUUGAAAUAUCUACUACCGAUGAAAAGAUGAUGUCAUCCUUACCGAGAGCCGGCAAGUUUAAGUACGAAUUUGAUGCAACACUACGCAGAUCCAACGACUCUUAUUACGACAACCAGCGAACGGCCGGUAAGUUGCAGACACCAAGAAUCAUCUUUGUCGAUGACCAGGCCUUCUCGAGCUUGAGGGAUUACAUCCUGGAUAAUUCAACGGCUUCUGCCACUCAGAUCAAACUUCCAAGGAAAUUACGAAAAGUGGAAUGGAUCAAAGCUCUCCUAAAGCACGAAUUAAAUGUUUGAUAUUCAUUUACAGAUCGGCAAAUUGUAUUAAUGCAUGGUAACACAAAAAACAUUUUUCGUAAAACACCUAUACACCAUGUACACACCCACACACCCCUGACCGUUUUACAUACCCACUAAUCUUCCAAGUUACUCACACGUGCUCACUUUACUCUCAUCCCCCCCCCCCCUCCAAUGUCACAAACACACAUCCAUCCGCAAUACACACAUACAAUGAAUUAUGCAUACUGCUCUUUUAUACAUCGUUAUAUCUGUAUGGAACAAAAUUUAAUCAACGAUCAAAGCUUUUUUUUUAUUACUUUGUAUUAUUAUUAUUUUUUUCAAACAAGUGAACACCUAAUUACCAAUAAUGCGUAUAGCAUUUCCAUUUAUUUGAAUGUAGGAUAAAAGAGCAUUGUCGAUUAAAUGCCUUGCUCACGGGCAUAGGUGCCGCGGCCAGGGAUCGAACCCCGGAGUUUCCAUGUACAUAAUAGUCAGGCGUCUUAGGCCACGAGGCCACGGCAACUCCACAGAUUGAAUGAAUAUUGAAAAUGGGUAGGGGAAGAGCGCCGUCUACGUCAAUUGAUCUAAAUCGUGUGUGAUAUGUCAGCAGAUGAUUUUAUUUUGUAGACGCAAACAUCUUAUUGAUUUAAAGGGGUACUCUACAUGUAGGCUAACAAUGAUAUGAUUUGAAUAGAUAAAGGAAAAUCAAACAAAACAUUGACAAAUUUGAUCGAAACUGGAGAAUAAGUAUCAAACAGUGUCAAAGGUAUGGCAUUUUGAAGAUUCCCAUUAUCUUGGUGAAACAGUUAAUAUGUGCAUUGUCUUCAUGAAUAUUCAGUGAGCAAACAGAUGAAGUCAUAUCCCAAAAUGUUAUUUUGUAUUUUAUAACAUGAUAUUAUGUUUAUUCAUUUUUUUAAUCUCCAAGAACUAGAAAAUGGAUUGACAAGAAUAUCUAAAGCAUUAGAUAUUCAAUGCUUCAACCCCUUUUAAUUAUAAUUAAUUACACAUGUAUGAAAAACAUGAAAUAAUUAUGAUAUCAUGUAAUAACAGAAGAAAGGGGAGAGUGGGGAUGUGACAUCACUGGCCUACUCAAUGAUUAUUCAUUACAUUUUGCACAUAACUGUUUUCAGAAAAUAUUGUUAAACGUUACAAUUCACAAAAUUGGUUAUUUGAAGAGCUCAAUUGAAAAAAGGAUGAUACCAAAGAAACGUGAAUUUCCCAUUAAAGGGGGAGUGAACUGUGUGUGGUCUCUAAUUGACUGUGUGUUAUAAAUACAUAGUCUUAAGCAAUACGUUUUCAGAAUACCACAGAGAAUAAAUUGACCUAUAAUUGUAUUAGUAUGGAUAAACUGACAUGUUUUGAGAGGUAAAGUAAUUGUUUUGCUAGUUGGUAACAUAAUUAUUGCAGUAUAAAUGUAUUGAGUAGUUAAUUAGCAUGUUAUCACUCAAGUGGGUCUAUAUUACUAGACUACACUAGCAUUAUGGGAUAGGACACUGGCUAGCUAUGAGUAGUUGAGGACUCGAGAUGGCGCUAUUGGUUCGUAUAUGCUUUAAAAAAGAAAAAAAAAGAAAUGACAAAGAAAAAUCACCUUUUUUCAUAAGAGGUUGGAUCCAUUUUAGUUUGUUUGCAAAAGGGGUUAGAUCCACAAAGUACAUUUUUGGAAAAUAAUAUUUAAAGAAAUAUAUAUGAAGACAGGUAGAUUUCUUUUUUAACCAAUUUUAUGUUCACGUGGUAGAGUAUCAUGAUAAUUUAGUUUCGCAUAGGAAUAUUGCAAUAUAAGAGAAUGGAAAAAAAUAAUGAUAUUCUUGGAGUGGAUCUAACCCCUUUGCAAACAAACUCUUUUGAGGAGGUCAUUUUUCAAAAGUGGUUAGAUCCAUUUUUCAUAAAUUGUAUUGUUUUUUUGUCUCAAUGUAUAAACUUUUAAUAGCUUUAUAAGAUGAUACCAAAGAAAGGUUGAAUUAAAAAAAAAAUGACUAAGAAAAAUCGCUCUUUUUUCAAAAGGGGUUAGAUCCAUUUUAGUUUGUUUGCAAAAAGGGUUUAGAUCCACAAUGGUAUUUUUUGGGGGAAAAAAUGUUUAAAAAAUACAGGUAGAUCUCUUUUAUACCAAAUUUUAUGUUCACACGGCAGGGUAGUACAUCAUAUCAAUUUAGUUUCUCAUAAGAAUAUUGCAAUAUGGGAGAAAAAAAAAAGAUUUUUCUCGGAAUGGUCCAAAGUGAAUCUAACCCCUUUUGCAACCAAACUCUUCAUUUGUUUUCAGAUUUCGAUAAAUUUUUCGACAUUUUAUUCGAUGAAAUUUUCUAUAUUAUUUUAUGUAGGUAUAUAUAUUUUUAGCCCGGAGUACCUCGUUAAAUCAGACUCUCAACUAAUCAAUUUAAGUAUUUCAUAAUUGUACAUAUUGCGUACCAGAGGAAGUCGCUGACAAUGGAAUACUUCCCGAAUGCUCAACUAGAUGACAUGAUUUUAAAUGUCGUAGACGUUCUUAAUGAGAAGUGUUUGGACGACAAAGAUCAAGAAUCAUCACAUUGUUGUCUGGACUAGCCCCACUGCACGAUUCGUACACAGUGUAAUAUUUAUGCUUGGUACAAAGAGACAAAAUGAUUUGACGAUAUAUGGAGAUCUUGCGUAGGGAAUCAAUGACCCAGGUAACUGUUUCCUAUGCCUCUGGGUUGAGCACAGUCUCCCAGAUGGUCACAUCACAUGUGACCCUCCGGUUCCCAUAUGUUUUUGUAUUACCAUGGUAUCACAACCUGUUUCCCGUCCGUCAUUGCAAUACAUAUUUAGGGAAUGCAUGAUGAUUUGUCAAAUUGAAGAUACGGAUUAUUGAAAAUGUCCUAUUGACAUAUUGAGCUUGAAUUGAAUAUGCCAAUUCAAACGGAGUAAUAAAAGUUGAGGAAACGGC